GAUUAUGUAAGAGAUCAAAAAGUGAUACGACCGAUAAUGAAAAUCAAAAGACAAAAACAUUUGGUCAGAGCUGUAAACUCACUUUAGGUUUGCGCAUGCGCUUCACUGUCCACAGUUGCUAAAGUUAGCCUUUAAGCCAUAAACAAAUUUGUUGAACAGAGCAAUGUAAAAAAGCAUUCCUUUUUUUACUCGUACUCCCUCCACCUCCGUAAUUCUAAUUUAACGGAUAAAAUCUUGUAAAAAAUGCAUUUCCGCAUAGGAGCGGCCAAUUUUACGUGUUGUUAUGGCAACGAAUGUGCCACCUGUGAGUUGUAGGCUAAAGCAAACGUCCAUCGACGCUACAAGGAGUCUGUAAGCCAGCGUUAAAUAACGUUUCCUACAUUUCCAGGCUACUUACAAAUCAGAUAGUAGACUUCGAAUUCAUGGCCCAUUAUAGAGCUUCAGAAUCAAAGAGGGAGCAGUUCAGGCGAUAUCUAGAGAAGUCUGGGGUCCUUGACACUUUAACAAGCGUGUUAGUGGCACUUUAUGAAGAAACUGACAAACCUAACAAUGCACUGGAUUUCAUAAAGCUCCACCUGGGAGCGACUGGUUCAGAGCCAGCAGAUGCUGAAGCUCUUCGCAUGGAGCUGGCUGAGCUACAACAGAAAUGUAACCUGCUCAUGGAGGAGAACAAAGAGCUGAGAAACAGGCUGAUGCAGUAUGAAGCAGCACCUGAGGAUGGAGCAGGAGAGUAGAGAGGAGUUUUGUCUUGAGUUCUGGGGUAAAAACAUGACAAAAUAGCAUUUUUUAAGAAUAGGUUUAUGUUUAUUACAUUCAAGGGAUGUACAGCGAACACAAAAUCACUGUUAUUUUUUUGUUAUACAAACAAAAAACAACUUUUACUUCUUAAGAAAUAAAAACAACUUGUUUUCCAACAUGUGGCAUC